UGAAAUCGAUAGCGCGAUUUAUUUAAUACGAUCUUAAGAUUUAUACUUUUGCCACUUAACGUUGCGCGCGUCGUCAGUUCGGUCGUGUUUCUCUAAAUUCUAUUUUUGUACUCGCAAUCCUAUCAAGAUGUCCAAGCCCGCGUACAAAGUUGCCGAUAUCAGUCUCGCUGAAUGGGGUCGCAAAGCGAUUAUCAUUGCGGAGAACGAGAUGCCCGGUCUGAUGGCGUGCCGCAAGAAAUACGGCCCAUCGAAAAUCCUAAAGGGCGCCCGCAUCACCGGCUGCCUCCACAUGACCGUCCAAACGGCCGUGCUCAUCGAGACCUUGGUCGAGCUGGGCGCUGAGGUGCAAUGGUCGAGCUGUAACAUAUUCAGCACACAGGAUCAUGCGGCAGCAGCAAUUGCUGCCACUGGAGUGCCAGUGUAUGCGUGGAAGGGUGAAACCGAUGAGGAAUACAUGUGGUGCAUUGAACAGACGCUCGUCUUUCCCAGUGGCGAGCCGCUGAAUAUGAUUUUGGAUGAUGGCGGUGAUCUGACCAACUUGGUGCAUGAACGCUUCCCCGAGUAUCUGAAAGGUAUCAAGGGUCUCAGCGAGGAGACCACCACCGGUGUGCACAAUCUGUACAAAAUGUUCAAGGAGGGUCGACUGGGCGUACCAGCGAUCAAUGUCAACGAUUCAGUGACCAAGAGCAAAUUCGAUAAUCUGUAUGGCUGCCGGGAAUCUCUAAUUGAUGGCAUUAAGCGUGCCACGGAUGUCAUGAUUGCGGGCAAGGUUUGCUGUGUGGCUGGCUAUGGAGAUGUGGGCAAAGGCUGCGCACAGGCUCUGAAAGGAUUCGGUGGCCGCGUGAUUAUCACCGAAAUCGAUCCGAUUAAUGCGCUGCAGGCAGCGAUGGAGGGUUACGAGGUAACCACUAUGGAGGAGGCCAGCAAGGAGGCCUCUAUCUAUGUUACCACCACCGGCUGUCGGGACAUUAUCACAUCGACGCAUCUGCUCAAUAUGCCAGACGAUUCGAUUGUGUGCAACAUUGGACAUUUCGAUUGCGAGAUCGAUGUCGAUUGGCUAAACAAAAAUGCCAAGGAGAAGGUGAAUGUUAAGCCGCAAGUGGAUCGCUAUACGAUGGCCAAUGGCAACCACAUUAUCCUGUUGGCCGAGGGUCGUUUGGUCAAUUUGGGCUGCGCCCAUGGCCAUCCCAGCUUUGUGAUGUCCAACUCAUUCACCAACCAGGUGCUCGCCCAGAUCGAGCUGUGGACCAAGUCCAGCCAGUAUGCAGUCGGCGUGCAUGUGCUGCCCAAGCUGCUCGACGAGGAGGUGGCCAGCCUACAUUUGGAAAAGCUGGGAGUGAAGCUCACCAAGCUAACAGAAAAACAGGCCAGCUACUUGGGUGUGCCCCAGACGGGGCCCUUCAAGCCCGACCACUAUAGAUACUAACACGCCAAACACUCCGCCAUCGAUUGACGGCGUUUUGCGAUCAUGUGUUAUACGUUAUUGCAUUUAUCCUAAGAUCCAAUAAAAUCAAAAACUGAAGGAAUUUACUCACUUUU